AGUCAGUGCACGCUGCUGGACCUGUUGCGUGCACUAGAGUGCAGGCAUAGGAAAAGCAGGGAGGGAUUUGUUCUUGUCUACUUUAUUAUGGGUUUACUGAGAGCACAUCCGCUUCUAGAAGUCAUCCUGGGCUUCAUUUGCAUGAUGAAUGAAUGUCCCUUUUUUUAAGCUCGUAAAAGAGGAAGUUAGUAGUAGCUAGGUUCACGUGCUGUGCUUGGAGUGAGAUGAUCUUUAGACUGGAGCUGCUGCACGUCACUGCGGAAUAUCCCUCAGAUAAUGAAGGAACUUUCCAGAGUGGUCUAGUCCACACUGACGGUCAGGAUCAACUGAAGAGCAUCUAUGCCCUCAGGAGAUGUGUGGUGGUACAGCAAACAGUACAAAUUGGCCAAUAGGCCAACAGGAGUCAGCCAGAUGUCUGACUGAUGCCACUUCUGGUGCUGGGAGGAUUUUCAAGACACUUGUAUGUGCAAAGAUUCCAAAAUGUGCCAGAGGAGGACGCGACACAAAUUCCACAGUGCUCAACCACAGUUGGUCGUGUUCGGAGUUUGACUUGAGUGACAUUCGCCUGCUAGUUUACCAGGACUGUGAGAGGAGAGGCAGACAAGUCAUGUUUGACUCCAGAGCCGUUCAGAAGAUGGAGGAGGCGGCAGCUCAGAAAGCAGAGGAUGUUCCUAUUAAAAUGUCAGCCAGAUGCUGUCAGGAAAGCAGCAGUGUCAGCAGCAGCAGCAGCAGCGGCAGCAGCUCUUCUCAUGGCUUUGGAGGAUCUUCACAGCACGCUAAGGAGCAGCUACCAAAGUACCAAUACACGAGGCCAGCAUCUGAUGUCAGCAUGCUUGGGGAGAUGAUGUUCGGCUCCGUUGCAAUGAGUUACAAGGGCUCCACCCUGAAGAUACACUACAUACGAUCUCCUCCACAACUGAUGAUUAGUAAAGUCUUUUCUGCUACAGUGGGUAGCUUCUGUGGAAGUACAAAUAAUCUGCAGGACAGCUUCGAAUACAUUAACCAAGAUCCUCAGGCUGGAAAACUGAACACAAAUCAGAACAGUCUGGGCCCUUUUCGUACUGGAAGUAACCUAGGUCUACUGCAGGUGUGCAGCGGCAAACUGCUGCAGGGGUUGUCUGAAGGAGGACCUCUCCGGCUCACCCGGAGUGCUUCUUUCUUUGCAGCACACAGCACGCCUGUUGAUAUGCCAAGCAGAGGGCAGAAUGAAGACAGGGACAGUGGCAUUGCUCGAUCAGCUUCACUGAGCAGCCUUUUGAUCACGCCCUUCCCGUCUCCGAGCUCCUCAACAUCCUCUUCCAGCAGUUACCAGCGCCGCUGGCUCCGAAGUCAGACAACGAGUUUGGAAAAUGGCAUCUUUCCAAGGAGGUCAACUGAUGAGACAUUUAGCUUGGCCGAAGAAACGUGUAGCUCUAAUCCAGCCAUAGUUAGAAGGAAGAAGAUCGCCAUCAGCAUCAUCUUUUCCUUGUGUGAGAGAGAGGCAGCCCAGCGGGAUUUCCAGGACUUCUUUUUCUCCCAUUUCCCCCUGUUUGAAUCUCACAUGAACAGGCUGAAGAGUGCAAUCGAAAAGGCCAUGAUCUCCUGUAGGAAGAUCUCCGAAUCAAGUCUCCGUGUCCAGUUCUAUGUGAGCCGUCUGAUGGAAGCACUGGGAGAAUUCAGAGGGACUAUCUGGAACUUAUAUUCUGUUCCAAGGAUAGCUGAACCAGUAUGGCUUACCAUGAUGUCAAACACCUUGGAAAAAAACCAACUCUGCCAGCGCUUUCUCAAGGAAUUUAUACUUCUGAUUGAACAAGUCAACAAAAACCAGUUUUUUGCUGCCUUACUGACUGCAGUGUUAACCUACCACCUGGCCUGGGUACCAACUGUCAUGCCUGUUGACCACCCUCCCAUCAAAGCCUUCUCGGAGAAGCGUACCUCUCAGUCAGUGAACAUGCUGGCCAAAACGCAUCCAUAUAAUCCUCUCUGGGCGCAGCUGGGUGACCUUUAUGGAGCUAUAGGCUCUCCGGUGAGACUGACUCGCACCGUGGUGAUUGGGAAGCAGAAGGAUUUGGUCCAGCGCAUUCUUUAUGUUCUGACCUACUUUCUCCGUUGCUCUGAACUGCAAGAGAAUCAGCUGACCUGGAGUGGAAAUCACAGUGAGGGUGACCAGAUUAUAAACGGCAGCAAGAUUGUGACCGCCUUGGAAAAAGGAGAGGUGGAAGAGUCUGAGUAUGUGGUAGUUACAGUGAGCAAUGAGCCUGCUCUGGUACCACCAAUCCUACCACCAGGGACCACUGAGAGGAGGAGCCCUGAGCCUACAGUAGUAUCUGAGAUCUCAGAAGGCAUUAAUACUAGUGACCUGGGUCACAAACCUGAAAAAAGCAGAUACAAGAGGCCAGAGCAGAGUUCUGAGACCAGUAGUAUGGGCUUCCAAGAGGCAGAACCUGACAGUUCGUGGACACCUCAAGGCAUAUUCUGUGAGGACAAACAGAAUGAGCAAGAGGCAGCUCAGGAUUGUUCUUCAAGUCCUCCCAGCUGUGAGGUGCCCAGGGUAAGGAGGAGGAUGGACCAACAAAACUUCCACUCGAAGCUGCAUGGGGAGAUGCUAAAGAAGCGAGCAGAGCAGUCAACAGCCCGGCCCUGCCCUGACAGACAUUCCCAGGAGGAUCCUCCUGGUGAAAAGGUCACUUUCCACAUUGGGAGUUCCAUCUCCCCGGAGUCUGACUUGGAAAGCCGCACCAAAAGAAUGGAGGAGCGGUUAAAGGCCUGUGGACAUUUCCAUGGGGCUAGUGCCUCUGCCAGGUCUAGCAUGGACACUGGCCUGACUCAAGAGCAGCAGGGCUCUGGGUGCUCCUUCAAAGCUAACUUUGAAAAGGACAUCACGCCUCAGGACCACUCUUCAGGAGGAGAAGUUAUCUCUGAGGAUAGAGGCCUCCUAGCCAACAUGGCACAUGCUGUGGGACAACUUAGCCAAGUUGAUGGCCCCCUUGCACAUUCCCUUUGUGCUGCAGAAAGUGGCUGGAGACUGCCGGAACAGACUAGAGAUGUGCAAUUAAAAGGCGACAAAGGACCUACAUCAGAGCCUGUUCCAAACAGAUGUAAACAGCAGGGUGGCCUGCUGAUUGCUGCAGAUGUCCCCUAUGGGGAUGCCAGUGGUAAGGGCAACUACAGGAGCGAAGGAGACAUUCCCAGGAACGAAAGCUUGGAUAGUGCUCUGGGAGACAGUGAUGAUGAAGCAUGCGUCUUAGCCCUGCUAGAACUAGGUCACAGUUGUGACAGGACUGAAGGGUCUUUGGAAGUGGAGCUGCCUCUGCCAAGGUCUCAGAGCACCAGCAAGCCAAAUCUUAGAAAUUUUGGCCGCUCACUUCUGGCAGGUUACUGUGCCACGUACAUGCCUGACCUGGUGCUGCAUGGAACCAGCAGCGAUGAGAAGCUGAAGCAGUGCCUGGCAGCUGAUCUGGUCCACACGGUGCAUCAUCCAGUGCUCGAUGAGCCCAUAGCCGAAGCUGUCUGUAUCAUUGCAGACACUGACAAGUGGACUGUCCAGGUGGCCACGAGUCAGCGGAAGGUGAUGGACACCAUGAAGCUGGGCCAGGAUGUCUUGGUCUCCAGUCAGGUGUCUAGUUUACUUCAGUCCAUCUUACAGCUUUAUAAGCUUCACCUCCCUGCUGAUUUUUGCAUCAUGCAUCUGGAAGACAGACUACAGGAGAUGUACCUUAAGAGUAAAAUGCUUUCAGAGUAUCUCCGGGGACACACGCGUGUGCACGUGAAAGAGCUGAGUGUGGUGCUGGGGGUCANUAUUUAUUUCUCACUGUGCCCAGGGAUGCUCAGAGGUGUGCCCAUUCCCCAGUGAGUUGCAAUGUGUAGGUUGGAGUGACNUUUGAUCUAAUUCUGCUUCUGCAUCACUAGUGACACUGUAACAAUGCAAAAGUCACAAGCUGUGAGGAGUAGUGGCAGCUUGCCUCAUGUGGUGGAGGAGGUGGGUGGCAUUUCUGUGGAUGUCCUGAGCUCACCCCAUCCAAGGGAAGACUUGCUCAAUACUAAGGACACACACUAUCUUCUGAGGGCAUUUGUCAUACUUUAUCUACAAAAAAUUCUGACUCCACUUUCAUUUCANUAGAAAUAACCAAAAGGACUAUGCCUAUGAGGAAUUACCCUCCCAUUCCUGACAUGAUUCUGCUAAUUUGGAAUAAGACAGUACUAUGCCUAUGUCAACCUUUACAUUUUCUACUAAGCCUGAUAAAGUUUUGUUUUUUAUANUUAACUUUGUUUUCCUUUUUGAACAAGCUUCUUUGCUUGCUUGCUUUUGAGAUGGGGUAUCACUGUUUACCCUAGGCUGGCUUUAAAUUCAGAAUCCUUUAGCUUCAGCUNCUCCACUAUUAGUAUUAUGUGCCACCAUGCCUGCCUUGCAAAGUGUUUUUUUCAACUGCUGCUGCCACUGCUGCUGCUGCUGCAACUAAAUCUAUCUUAUUCUUGUGUAUAUGAAUGCACUUGCAUGCCACAUAUAUGUAGAUGCACUUGGAGGGCAGAAGAGGGAUAUCUGAAACCCGAAGCUGGAUUUACAGGCUAUUAUGAGAUGCCAGACAUGUGUGUCAGGACUGANCCCCAGUCUUUUGAAAGAGCGACAUGUGCUCUUAACUGCUGAGCCAUCUCUCCAGCUCUUACAACUAGGCCUGGAAUUCUUGUCAGAUUUUCUAUGUUUUACAGCUAGAUGAGACAGUUAGCUUUUCCUAUGUCUUAGUCACUGCUCGGUCACUGUAAAGAGAUACCAUGACCAAGGCAACUCUUAUAAAGGAAGCAUUUAG